AUGGAUCCAACGGGCAUGCAGCUGGUGUCUGCGGGGCCGUACCGGGCAGGCACGGACUUCGAGAAAUGGCUGCGAGCGUUGGAGCGCUACAUGGUCGCCAUGGACAUCCAAGGGCCUACCAGACGGUGCGCCGUGCUGCUACACCUGGUCGGGCCUGACAUAGCCGAUGUCAGCGACUCCCUGCCGGAAGAGGAGGCAGAAGGACCGGAGGAAGACGAGUUCACCCGGCUAAAAAGGAAGUUGGUACGGUACCUGGUGCCAAGGAAUAACGUCGUGGCUGAGCGAGGGAAAUUCCAAGGAAUGACAAUGGAGCCGGAGGAAAGCCUGGAGGAGUUCCUGGCCAGGCUACGGGCCCAAAUCCUGCGCUGCGGCUACGAGCCGGCGCAGGUGAACCGGGAGCUGCGAGACCGCUGCGUCCUGGGCAGCCGAGGCGAGCUGCAGCGGAAGCUGGUGAGGGAAGCGGCGCUGAAGGGCGACGACCUCAACCUGGAGGAUGUCCGGCGGACGGCACGCGCCCACCGGGACGUCAUGGACCUGACGACGCGGCUGUCUGGGGCGCCGGCGCCGGCCGAGACGGACGGGGAGGCAGUUCACCUGGUGCGACGCCCGCAGCGGACGGAGAGGCGUGACUGCGGCAAACAGCGAACUGGCGUGAAGCUGGUUCAGGACGGCGACCAGGCUGACUGGCAAGUCAGCGCCGUGCAGCCAGCCGCAGCUGAGUGGGCGACGGUCAGGGUGAACGGCCAGGAGUUCACCAUGCUGAUCGACACUGGCUCGCCGGUGACUAUAAUCAGCGCGGAGACUCACAUCCCCGGUCUGACGCUGCGGCCGAGUGAGCUGCACCUCACCUCAUUCACCGGCCAGCAAAUCCGUCUGCGAGGCGAGGCCGACGUCAACGUGGAGACGGACGGCCGAGCGACACGGCUGCGACUCGUCGUGUCCGACAUGGGCUCUCACCGACCUCUCAUGGGACGAGAGUGGAUCAAGGCGCUGAGGACGGCGUCGGGUCUGGAGACGCUGAACGUGUGCCCGGUGGCGCCUCAGCCGACGCUGAAGGAGGUGAUGGACAAACACCGUGAGGUGUUUAAAGAAGAACUGGGCAGAAUCCCGGUGAAGGUGGCGCUCAGACUGAAGGAAGGCGCCAAACCGGUCUAUCGACGCGCCAGACCGGUGCCGUUUGCGCUACAGCAAGAUAUCGAGCGGGAGCUCGACAAGUGGCUGGAUCAAGGGAUCGCCGAGAAGGUGCCUCCUGGACACUUCUCCGGAUGGGGUACGCCGCUCGUACCCAUCCCCAAGAAGGACGGCGUGCGGCUGUGCGCGGACUAUCGGAUCACGGUGAACCCGCAGCUGCAGCCUCUGAAGUAUCCGAUGCGCACGCCGGAGGAGCUAUUCGCCAGCAUCCGAGGGAAAAAGUUCUGCAAGCUGGACUGCAGGAACGCCUAUCUCCAGUGCGAGCUGGACGAAGAGAGCCGAGAGAUGACCACCGUGACCACACACCGUGGUGCGAUGCGGAUGAACCGUCUCCCGUACGGGAUCAGCACCUGUGGAGCGCAGUUCCAGGCGAUCAUGGACCAGGUGCUGGAUGGUCUUCCAGGAGUCGUCUGUUACCUGGACGACGUGCUGAUCGGCGCCGACAGUGACCGUGAGCUGAUGGACAGGCUGGACCGGGUGCUGGAGCGGCUGAAGGACAACGGCGUCCGCCUCAAGAAAGAGAAGUGCCAGUUCGGAGUCCGAGAAGUGGUGUAUCUCGGUUGGCGACUGUCUGAGGCGGGUCUGCGCCCGGUGCAAGAGAAGACGGCGGCCGUCAUAGCAGCACCUGACCCUCGGAACGUGCAGGAGCUGCGAUCUCUGAUCGGGUCAGUCAGCUAUUAUCAGCGGCUGCUGCCCAACCUGUCUACCGUGCUAGCGCCGCUCUACGCGCUACUGAAGACGGGCGUCAAAUGGGCAUGGACGGCGGAGUGCGCCGCGGCAGUGCGCCGUGUGAAGGACAUGCUGUCCACGGCGCCGGUCCUGAUGCGGUACGACCCCGUGCUGCCGCUGCGGCUCGUCACGGACGCCAGUGCGACAGGCGUCGGAGCGGCUCUGAUGCAAGUGACGCCCGAGGGGCUCGAGAGGCCGGUACAGUACGCCUCCCGAACGCUCACUCCGACGGAGAGGAAGUACGCCCAGGUGGAGAGGGAAGCCGCAGCCGUCUCGUUCGGAGUGCGGCGGUUCCACCAGUUCCUGUUUGGUCGGCCGUUCACCCUGGUGGUCGACAACAGGACGCUCUCCAGGAUCCUGAACCCGGACCGUGAGCUGCCCUCUCUGGCGGCGGCUCGCAUGCAAAGGUAUGCGCUGCAGCUCGCGGCGUACCAGUACAAGAUCGAGCUGCGCCGGACGGAGGACAUGAGGCUGGCGGACACGAUGUCCCGUCUGUCGGUGCCGGACGAGGCGGAGAACCGGCUGUCGGCAGAAGAGGAGGCGGCGUACGGCGGAGGCGGCGUAAUGUUCAUCGCCGAACAGGGGCCGUGUCUGACCGCGCAGCAGAUAGCAGUGGCCACGCGCCGAGACCCGGUGCUCGCCCGCGCUCUGGCGGCGGUGCGAUCGGGCUGGCCGACGGUGGUGGACCCGGACCUGGCUCCCUUCAAGAAUCGCCGAGAGGAGCUGACGACCGAGGCCGACUGUCUGCUCUGGGGCGGCCGAGUCGUCAUCCCGAGCAACCUGCGCGACACCGUCAAGCGGGAGCUGCAUGAGGGUCACUUCGGCUGCACUCGCAUGAAGCAGCUGGCGAGGCGCUUUGUGUGGUGGCCGGGACUCGAUGCUGAGCUGGAGGCGCUGGCUCGCGGGUGUCAGGCGUGCGUCUCAAAGCGAGCUGAGCCGCCGCAGGCGACACGGCACCCGUGGGAGCCGACGGACGGCCCGUGGCAGCGGGUGCACUCCGACUUUGCUGGGCCGAUGCUGGGCCAUUCCUUUUUGAUAAUGGUCGACAGCUACACAAAAUGGAUCGAAGCUGUGCCGAUGAAGACGACGGCGGCCCGGACGGUGGCCGUGAUGCGCGAUAUUUUCGCCCGUCUGGGACUGCCAGUGCAACUGGUGACCGACAACGGCCCGCAGUUCGCCAGUCAGGAGUUCGCGGCGUUUGUGCGGUCAAACGGCAUUCGUCACACUCGUGUCGCGCCGCACCACCCCUCGUCCAACGGACUGGCGGAGAGAGCAGUCGGCACCGUCAAGAACGCGCUCCGAGUCUGCGCGGCGGCCGGUGGGGGAGUGGACCUCUCUCUGUCACGCGCGCUCCUGGCGUACAGAGUGACGCCCCACGCCGCGACUGGACGGACUCCCGCUGAGAUGCUGUUCGGGCGGAACCUACGCACUCGGAUGAACCUCAUGGUUCCGAGCGCCGAGACAGCUCUGCAGGCGGCUCGGGACCGGCAGCGUGAGACGGCCGGCGGACGGAGCAGGGAAUUCGCCGUGGGAGCUACAGUGUGGGCCCGCUCGUAUGACGGUCGUCAGAAGUGGGUCCGCGGCACGGUGGUCGCCCGCCCCGGUCCCGUGUCGUAUGAAGUGGACGUGGGACACGUGAUCUGGUCGCGCCACGUUGACCAGCUGUUGGCGGCGGCGGCUGACCCAGGGAACAACGCCGGCGGCUGA